AUGAGUGACGAAUAUCUUUCAGGUUGCAGCACUACUCCAUUCUUACAAUCCCAAUUUGAGGCCCAAUAUCAUGUAAAACGAACAGGGACAGUGUGGACGGCAGUGGCGCACAUAGUGACCGGAGUGAUAGGGUCAGGAGUGUUGUCGUUGGCAUGGAGUAUCGCACAGAUUGGAUGGAUUGCAGGACCAUUAGCAAUUCUUUUGUUCGCUUCUGUUACUCUUCUCUCUGCUUUUCUUCUCAGUGAUACUUAUCGUUCUCCCGAUCCUGAAUCUGGUCCUCAUCGAAGUUCUUCUUACCUUGACGCUGUUAAUUUGCACAAGGGAGCAGGAAAUGGGCGUCUCUGCAGUGUUUUUGUAAAUAUAUGCUUAUAUGGUUUCGGAAUCGCCUACAUAAUUACAGCAUCCAUCAGCAUAAGAUCAAUCCAGGAAUCAGCAUGUUACCAUAGUAAUGGGAAUGAAGGAACAUGUUAUGUGAAGGAUACAUAUAACAUGCUUGUUUUUGGGGCUAUCCAAGUUGUUCUGUCACAGAUACCGAAUUUUCGUAACAUCGAAUGGCUCUCGAUUGUUGCAGCAAUAAUGUCCUUUGGUUAUGCUUUCAUUGGAAUGGGACUUGCCAUUGAUAAAGUCAAAGAAAACGGACAUUUUGAGGGUAACAUUAGAGGUGUGCCAACUUCGACCGGAAUGGAAAAAGUAUGGCUGGUUGCACAAGCACUUGGUGACGUAGCCUUCUCGUAUCCAUUCUCAGUAAUUCUUAUAGAAAUUCAGGACACUCUGAAAUCACCUCCAGCGGAAAACGUAACUAUGAGAAGGGCCUCAACGAUAUCGGUUAUCAUCACAACGAUGUUUUACCUCUGUUGCGGCUGUGCUGGUUAUGCAGCUUUUGGUAAUGACACACCAGGAAAUCUUUUGACUGGCUUUGCAACUUAUAAGCUUUAUUGGCUCGUAGAUUUCGCCAAUGCUUGUAUAGUUAUUCACCUAGUUGGUGCAUACCAGGUGUAUAGCCAGCCACUUUACGCGAAUGUUGAGAAUUGGCUACGUUUUAGAUUUCCAGAUAGUGGAUUUGUGAAUUGCACGUACGACUUAAAACUCCCAUUGCUACCGAAUUUUCAACUAAGUCCACUACGGCUUUGUUUCCGAACUUUUUAUGUUGCGACGACGACCGUAAUUGCGAUGCUGUUUCCAUACUUCAACCAGAUUUUGGGAGUUUUGGCUGGCAUAAUAUACUAUCCAUUAACCAUAUAUUUCCCGGUGGAAAUGUAUAUUAGUCAGGGCAACAUUGAACCAUGGACAAACAAGUGGAUUUGGCUUAGGACUUUUAGCAUUGUUGGCUUUGUGGUGGGAGCUUUUACUCUCAUUGGAUCCAUUCAAGGGAUAAUAUCUGCAAAACUAGGCUGA